GUGGCAAUGAUCGGGGCGAACCUGCGUUUCGGGAUCGGUGCAUCCGGGAACCUGACAUCUAACACGACGAAGUUCCAAUGCCACCCAGGAGGAGCCGCAGAAGCGACGGUGAUCUUCAGCCUGGGCGCCCUGGGGAUGGGAGCUAACAUGCUGCUAAUGGGCCUGAUCCUGGCUAAGCGACAACUCCGAAGGUGGUCCCAGGGGCUGCUGUUCCACCAGGCGUUGGUCGACUGCGCGAGAGCAGCGAUCCUGCUUCCUCUGGGGUCCAGCAUCCUGAAUUGCCAGGCAGUGAACAAGUGUUCCCUCGUGGAGACGGCCUUCCUCCUGCUCGUUACGGUGUCCACGGUGAACAUGCUGACGACGGUCCUGAACGACAGUCCCGUCUUUCCCGAGAGCGACGAGGAGGCCGACAUGAUCGCCCCUUUGCUGAUGGACUCUCCUCAGUGCGUCUUCUUCGGCACCUUCAUGAUCUGGUUCGCCAGCAUCACCAUCAACCUCGGUCCAACGUUCCUGAGCGGCGCCCUGGCAGCCAACACCAAGGUGGACCAUAACGCCCCAAGCUGUCCCCUGGUCCACGGUCCCUUCAGGCACUAUAUCCUAAACGUCCUCUGGAUAGUCAUCAACGUCAUCUGCGUGGCUCUCACCCUGUUCCACCUGAGGAAGCUGCACAGGGACCUGACCAAGGCCAACGUCGAGGCUGUCCGCGUCGCCGGUCUGGUCACGACCCUGGUCAACGUUACGGGAGGUCAUGGACGGUCCAACGGACUAGUCGAGGGUGCAACGAGGAACGGGGGCACCCCCAAGAGAGGAGGAGCCCUGGAAGAGCACCGUAAGAUGAGGAACUACCUGAGGAGAGUGGAGCGCGAGGGCGUGCAGCGAGUUAAGAUGUUCCUGGUGAUCACCGCGGCCUACGUCAUCUUCUGGGGCCCUUUGUUCUUCGUCACCCUGGUCUAUCAUCCGGUGAUGGGGAACAACGCAGGAUACGAGGUGACCCUCCACAUCGCCUACGUCCACGCCUUCGUGAACCCGGCGCUCUUCCUGACCCUCCACCGAGGAUUGCGGCAGGGCAUGUCGGACGUGUGCUGCGGAUGCUGCGAGAGCAUCGCCAGAUGGAUCUUGGGCUCGUCUCCGAACAGUCCCGUCCAGAGCAUUCAACCCCCAGGUUACGAGGCCCCCAUGGGGUUGCCCUCGCCUCCGGAUCCCCCGUUACCGACGAGUGUUACGAGCUGCGAUCUGAACGACGUGGCGCUUCUGAAACCACCACUUCCGCCGACGGCGAAGCACUUGUUGACGGACAACGCGAUGCCUCUACCGCCCGAUCCUUGGAGUCUGGUGCAGAGGACGAAGAGCGCGACGAGCCUCUACGAGGAGGAGCUGUCCAGGAGGCCGAGUCUUCUCUUGCCACCUCCUCCGGACUUGAGCGACCUGCAAUCCCCGAUCAGCCCGACGAGCAGCGAUCUACCCAGCGAAUAAAUCCCCCAGAAUAUUGAUUCCCCGAGGAAGGUCCCGACACUCGUGAAACCUCAUUUUUACAUUUCCUAUUACAAGCAAUUUAUUAAUUUCCCUCUUUGAAAUGGAACUUUCACGUAUGCCAAGACCUUCCUCAAGGCAUCCGCGUUCGCCUGGUAGAAUGUCGAAG